UCACUCCAGAGUACAGAAUCCCAGUAGUCAUCUUUUUUUUUAGCAUGGGCCUUGGGAAAUUCUAGGGGGAUUUUUUUGUGCAUGGGCUUUAUGAGAGGCUUCUUUCAUAGACGACACCCAUGCAUGCCAUUCCUCUGCAGUGUAUGCCAUAUUGUGCCAUGGGAAACAAUCACCCUAGUUUGGCUUUCUACUUCUUUAGCUAACUGCAGUGAACUUGCAUGGCAAUUUUCUUCAACCCUUCUCAUCAGAAGACACUCCUGUCUGAGGUGUUAUCUUCCGUGAAUGGCCUGGAUGUCUCUGUGAGAUAGUUGCAGUUCCAUCUUUGUUAAAUUUUUUUAUCACUUUUGCUACAGUAUUCUGACUGAUAAAUAAAGCUUUGUUGAUCUUUUUCUAGCCUUCAC